AAAAUUUGAAACAAAAAAAAAAUCACAAUAGACUAAAUGAUUAAUCGAUUGGUCACUUAACAUCAAGUUGAUUGAUAAUGAAAAUAAUCAUAAGUUGCAGCCCUAAGCAUUUUCAUAUAUAACAUGUCAUCAAAAAAGUACGACGCAUCUCUAUAGAUGAAGAUGCUCAAUAUAGCUCCAUCUCAACCAGAAUUCUAUUUACAUGUUAAUGUAUCACAAUAAUAAUGCAAUAAUAUCAUAUAAACCACUGAAAGCGACCAUUCUGCAUAGUGAUCACUUAUAUUUUGCUGCUAUGCUUUUACUUAGUAAAAUUUGGAAUGCAGGACUUUUGUUUUUACUCUAGUAAUGACUUUUAGGUUGGGUGGAUUCAUGCUUUGCAAGCAUCUAGAGUUCAAUUUGUGACAAGCUUAUGUUGGUUUGUGUGUGAUGCAGUAUUAGUCCACCAGAGGGAACCGGGUCUGAAUAUAUGGAGCUGCCCUGAUGAAUCAAUGAACAGUAAUCUUGUUUAUUGUGCUCCUCUUGAGGCCUCAUCAAUUUGAUUCCAUCUCGUGAAAGCUAUUUUGGCUUUAUGUGCCUUUCGAGGGUCAGCAGUGAUUUGCCUGAAGUCAGAUUGCGUUUGGCUUUCUGUAGCACUCAGUGUUUUUUUCUGUCCAGUUUGUCAGCAGUGCUUUCAAACUGGAUUAAUCCAGUUUGUCAGCAGCUCUCCAUAAGCUUGAAAGGAGGAGAAAGAUGUGUUUAACUUGCGGUAUAUGAAGUUCUGACUAGUCGGUUUGUAUGUAUGAUACUGUAUUGAGUUGAAUGGAAAUUCUGAUUGGAUGCUCAGGGUCCUAAAAUAGAGCAAAGUGCAUUAUAUUUGCUUUGAUAACAGAUGAUGAAAACAGCUUCAGAAACGAUAGUUUAAAGAAUAAGAAGGGCAAUAUUCUAUAUAUUGUCCCUAUUGUCAACAAAUCUCAUCAAAUUAAUUGAUCUGGUAUUUCCAAAGCCUGAUAGAGCUUUUUCCUCUGUCUCAUAGAGCUCCAUUGCUGUCCAACAACUAUUAAAAACACAUCGAAGAACCACACUGUGAACAUGGGAACUGUAGUUUAUUUUGACUAAAUCCCACAUACACAGUCCCGCUGCUGUUAAUAGUCACUGGCGCACUGAAAAUAGUCCCCAACAAAUUCACUAUUUACUUCUGUCUGAGUAACUUUUUCUGGAGACAUAAACCCAAAAUGAUUUAGUGUUUUUAAAAAGGAAAUAAUAUAUUUGUGACAAACUUUUUAAGACUUACCUCUUUAGCAUGAACCAAUAGGCUUGGGGCUGAGGACCACAGACAGGGCAACAAUAACAAAUAUAUAGACUGUUGCCUGUCUUACUCUUUGUAAGAAAAGUGUAAGAAAACUGCACAAAUGCUUAAAUAACAUUCUGUGUUUGGGCCAGAAAAGGUUUAAGCCUUCUGAUUCAGCUUUGAGUUUCAAGUUAAGACAAUUGAAGUUGAACUCUAGACAGUAUUGAGCAAGAGAAGAUACGAUGGGCAGCGCAAACACUUUAUACAAACUGCGGUUGAUUGAGCUUAAAUGGCUCAUACUCAUUGGUGCAAAUUAAUUUGAUCAACUCUUAACUUACAACAGUUUUAAUAAUCAUAGAUUUGUCUAUAUUGUUUGUAACACUUUCUGAAACCCUCAAAUUACCCAGUCAUGGGUAUUUUUGCAAAUCUGGAAUAUAAAUGUCUCAUUGUUUUGAUCUGCCGUGACUGGAAGUUUUUAUCCAGAUCUUAGCAGCAAUUUAAGUGCAGUCCGGUAAAUGCUUGAAACCUUUUUCAUUACAUAUUUUUACAAUUAAAGCAUGCAGCUGUUAUAAUAAUAAGAGGAGAGAUAUGACCGCAGAGAAGCUUGCACACUGCAGACACAAUGACAGAUGUCACAAACGUCUAUCAUUCUGUGUCAUGAAAUUGCAUCGGUUUAAUGAAUUAUGAAUGUCUUAUUUCAGCAGUUUUAGCAUACACACGGUUCUGUGUUUAUAGCGUGAGAAAGUAUGUUCCAGAAAUUACUGCUGCAACCAUAAUGAGCACAACCUGCUGGCCCUUUAAUUGCAUUCGUGUGAGAGGACAUGGAGGCAAGGUCUCGUUUAUUAGACGGUCAUCUCCCUCAGACUGCUGCUAUUCAGCUGGCGAAAAAAAGACCAUGACAUCUCAAACCUUACCGCUGAGGCAGCACCAUUUUAUUCACACAGACGACACAAACAACCCGAACACAUGGUCCUCUCAGUAAAACACAGCACAGAGGACAAAGUAGAGGACAGCGGGGGUGUUGUUGGGGAAACUCACAGCAGUAGGACCCACAUCCUCCAGUGAUGUAUGUCUCUCUCCCCCCCCCCCACCCCCCGCCUCCUCUCCCUCCUGUGGUACGUUCCAGAUACAUGUCAGAGGCAUUUAAAUGAGGAGGAUCAGCUCCAGAGGAAGCUAGUGCAGCGACAGCUGGCCUGAACCAGGAGGCAGACAGAGCAGAGGGGGGUCACCCACUGAUGUGAGGGGGAGUUCAUGGACCUGCUGGACCAGCUCUUUCUGAUCUCCGUGGUGCCCGCCACCUCCUCACUUCCCAGCAUUCCUUGCCUGGGAUCCCGGUGGCCUUGAAACAAUCCAUUGACCUGCGUACAUCCAUGGACGGGAAGUACAAGGAGAUUGCUGAGGAGCUGUUCUCGCGCACUCUGGCAGAGAGUGAGAUGCGCAGCGCCCCUUAUGAGUUUCCAGAAGACAGCCCCAUAGAACAGCUGGAGGAGAGACGUCAUCGCCUUGAGCGACAGAUCAGCCAGGAUGUGAAGUUUGAACCCGACAUCCUCCUGCGAGCCAAACAGGAGUUCAUGAAGACUGACAGUGCCAGUGAUCUCGAAUACAUGAAAGAGCAGAGCCAAGCUUUUGACCUGGAGAGACAACCGGUUCCAGAGAGAGAGUACCAGCGAGUCGCUAUUUCUGGAGAGGAGAAAUGUGGGGUUCCCUUCACAGAUCUGUUGGAUGCAGCCAAAUGUGUGGUGAAGGCUCUGUUCAUCAGACAGAAGUAUAUGGGUCUGUCGCUGCAGAGUUUCUGCGUCACCACCGCUCGUUGCCUUCAGGAGCUGAGUGAAAGACCUCUGGACUUGGAUAUCUAUGAGGAGGAGAUCCCAGAGACCUCAGCCACUGCAGAUGCCACAGUGCACCCAUCUGCUUCUGAAACGCACCCCUAUGAGAACCAGGACCCUGCCAGCAUGCCCCAUGACAUUGGUUACGGCUGCAAGAUGGUGGAUGGUGUCAUGCAUGUGUACACGACGAGGAACAUUAUGGAGAAGAGCACAGAGCUGGACCUGCCGUAUCCAGACCUGCAGGAGUAUAUCGCUGAUAUGAACGUGAUGAUGGCCCUCAUUAUCAACGGACCAGUAAAGUCCUUCUGCUACCGUCGUCUGCAGUAUCUUAGCUCCAAGUUCCAGAUGCACAUUCUGCUGAAUGAGAUGAAAGAGUUGGCAGCACAGAAAAAAGUCCCACAUCGCGACUUUUACAAUAUCCGUAAGGUGGACACACACAUUCACGCUUCAUCCUGCAUGAACCAGAAGCACCUUCUGCGUUUUAUCAAAAGGGCAAUGAAGAAGUACCCUAAGGAGAUUGUGCAUGUAGAAAGAGGCAAGGGUCAGACGCUCAUGGAGGUGUUUGAGACCAUGAACCUGACCGCCUUUGACCUGAGCGUGGACACCCUGGACAUGCACGCAGACCGUAACACUUUUCAUCGCUUUGACAAGUUCAAUGCCAAAUACAACCCCAUUGGCGAGUCCAUCCUGAGAGAGAUCUUCAUCAAAACAGACAACCACAUCGAGGGGAAAUACUUUGGCCACAUUGUUAAGGAGGUGAUGGCAGACCUGGAGGAGAGCAAGUACCAGAACGUGGAGCUCAGGCUGUCGAUCUACGGACGCUGCAGGGACGAGUGGGACAAACUGGCCAAGUGGGCUGUAACGCAUCAGGUCUACUCCGGGAAUGUGCGCUGGCUUGUGCAAGUGCCAAGACUCUUUGACGUCUACCACACGAAGAAACAGCUGUGCAACUUCCAAGAGAUGUUGGAGAAUGUCUUCGUGCCUCUGUUUGAGGUUACAGUGAACCCCCGCAGCCAUCCAGAGCUGCACCUCUUCCUUCAGCACGUUGUGGGUUUUGACAGUGUGGAUGAUGAAUCGAAACCAGAGCAACAUAUCUUCAACCUGGACAGUCCGCUGCCGGUCAACUGGACAGAGGAGGACAACCCGCCCUACUCCUACUACCUCUACUAUAUGUAUGCAAACAUGACCGUGCUCAAUCACCUGCGCAGGCAGCGAGGGUUCCCCACGCUCGUCCUGCGUCCUCAUUGUGGGGAGGCGGGGCCGAUCCAUCACCUGGUGUCUGGUUUCAUGCUGUCAGAGAACAUCUCCCAUGGGCUGCUGCUCAGGAAGGCUCCUGUGCUGCAGUAUCUGUACUACUUGGCCCAGAUAGGUAUCGCCAUGUCCCCUCUCAGCAAUAACAGCCUGUUCCUCAGCUACCAUCGCAACCCUCUACCAGAGUACCUGUCCAGAGGCCUCGUGGUCUCUCUGUCCACGGACGACCCUCUGCAGUUUCACUUCACCAAGGAGCCCUUGAUGGAGGAGUACAGCAUUGCUGCUCAGGUGUGGAAACUAAGCUCCUGCGACAUGUGUGAGCUUGCCAGAAACAGUGUGCUGAUGAGCGGAUUCUCUCAAAGGGUGAAGAGAUCCUGGCUCGGCCCACAUCACAACAAGGAAGGGCAGGAGAGUAAUGACAUCAGGCGCACCAACGUUCCUGACAUCCGUGUGGGGUACCGGUAUGAGACCAUGUGUGAGGAGUUGAAUUUAAUCACACAGGCCAUUCGCACAGACGAGCUGGAUACCAUCGAGGAAGAGGGGAGUCUGUGUAUGGGAGCUGGGCAGGGAGAGAAGUGAAGAGGCACUACAACACAAACACUCUCGACAUUCCCUGUUCUCACAUCAGGACUUUGUAAAGAUUUGCAUAUCGACAUAUCACACCUGUGAAAAGAGAAAAGCUUUUACACAAGGCAAUUUUGAGAAUUGCUACUGUGGCAGUAUGAGAGAGGACCUAUAAUCUGUGCACCCAAGGUGUUUACUUCCUUUAGUUUCUUGCGUCAAUCUUUGUGUAAUUUGUCAUGUCAAUUUCACGUUGUCUCUUGAUGUAUUUAUUUUUAAAUAAUAAGAUAUUCGUGGUUUGAGACUACAUUUUGUCAGAGUUUCUGUACAGAGUCUGUAUUUCCUGUACCAAGCAUUUAAUAAUAUUGACAUUCAAGAUUCAACCCUUUAAUAAUACUUAAAAACUUGAUACUACACUGACCGACUAAAGCAGGAAGACGACCUGGAACAAUUUUUCAAAGUAAAGAGUCUCUAACUAUACGUACAGGGCUGUAGCUACCAUUGAGGACACUGAGGUCAUGCACUUGGUAUCAUUUCAGGACAUUUUGAAGGUUUUAGUGACCAUGGGGGAGGUUACUUUCUCAAGUUAAAAACGGGUGGAAAAAAAAUCCGAUUCACAUAUUUAUAGACUCCAAUCUAUUUCGAAGUGUGGAGAAGGUUUUGAAACCUCGCACUGCAUGAUUUUUUGUUUGUAAGGUUGACAUUUUCGAGUGUUAUUAUCCACAGCACAAUAACUUCUGCUGUAUAUCUGGCAGA